AUGCCUCGCGAUGACAAUUGUUUGGAUGUUUCCAAUCAUUUUCUCAGUGUUGUAAGCCAUUAUAGGGGCUGGUGUUAUGCAUUUUCUUUACUCAUUGACUCGUACGCAUUCUGCAACCAGGGAUCUGAACUCAUGGAGAUGGUGAUUGGGGUCUACGACUCCUCACACUCAAAACACCGGUCAGAUUUGGGAUUAGAAGUCGGAGGUUCAUGGUCAGAUUGGAAGUAUCGGAAAUUAGGAAACGAAAAUGGAAGAGGCACCAGGUUUGAAUAUCAUUCUCUUCUUCUCAAUAUUAUAGAAUUUGAAGAAGAGAAAAAGGGAUUGAUAACAAAACUACAGGUUGAAGAGAAGAUCUGCUUGGUACCUGACAAGUACCUAAAAGUAACGCUUUUGUAUCCUAAAUACAUAUUUAACCUGCAUUUUAUUCUCACGCCUUCAUCUGCUUCCCUUUCAUUGAUUGUGCCUCUUUAUUCCUCCCUCUUGCUAUCGCCUCCGACGUCCCUUCUGGCCUUCACUCUUCACCGGCCUUUUCUCCUCGCUGCCACCUCCAUUGCUCCACGCUACCACCUCUGUCGCUGCACUCUGCUGGGCCAUGUGUACGCAGGAUUUGGAGUGGAAUUGAGUUCAUGGUUCAAUUCAUGUGAGUCGGCUGCAAGGAAAAUUUCUUUUUUCUUCACAGAGACAUUUUCAGGCCAGUAUAGAAAAGAGACAAAAGAUAUGACUGGAAAAGGUUUCUUAACAAGCAUUAAGCUUAAUGACUCAUUGCUACAACCAUUACAAAGAGCACAACCAUUCUUUGUGCUAGCUGGUCCCAAUGUUAUUGAAUCUGAAGAACAUAUUUUACAUAUGGCCAAACAAAUCAAGGCUAUCACUUCAAAACUUGGAUUGCCAUUAGUUUUUAAGUCAAGCUUUGACAAAGCUAACAAAACCUCAUCAAAAUCUUUUCGUGGGCCUUCAAAUUGCCGAAAGGGGGCCGACGACGAUAUCUGCCUAAUGGUUUCAAACACCCACCUGAGAGACAAUUGUAAUGUAGUUAUUGUAAUCUACUCGGAUGUUGAUCAAACCAUAAUUCUACAUCGAUUACCCAGUCUAGGUUUCAGUUUUAGGUCUGUACCCGCUGUUCUCUGUCAACUCCGAUCAAAACCCACCGGCCAUCCACCCUCGAUGUCACCUCCUUUGCCGGUCACCAAGAAUCAGUAG